AUACCAUAGAGACUGUAGGCGCUAUGGAUAUGCUGAAAAGUGAGGUGAAGCUACUUUUGCUACGGAACUCGCAGUUGGAAAGCGAGAAUAGCACCUUGCACACCUCCGAGGUGAGGUUAAAGCACCAGUUGUACAACGAGCGGCAACUGUGCAAGGUGCUUGAGCGUGUCAAAGUGGCUCAGAACGAGUAUAUUAACAAACUCAAUGCCCUGCUCAUUGAGCUCACGCUCGAGCCUAACGGUGCCGAUGGUGGUGUUGGUGGACAGGGAGCUGAUUAUCAACAGCUCCGUACGGAUAUCAAUAACUGCGUCAAUGUAUGCAAACGACUGCAGAGUGAGUACGAGUCGUGCAAACAGUCGCUCCUGAAGUCGUAUACGACUAGUGCUACCGGAGCUGCGAGUGCCGCCACCACUACUACUACCACUACCUCCGUGUCCACCAACUCGACGGCUAUAGGAGGCCCCGUACCUCCCGGUCCCUCCGUUAAGUCGUUGGACUCGACGCAGACAUCGGUGGACGAGUCGGAGGACAACGAUAUGCUGGGAACCGAUGUGUCACAGGAGGACACGGAUGACGAUCUGGACGAUAGCGAUGAGGACGACGACGACCAGGAGAUGCCUGAACUCGACUUAAUCGACCUCCAGAUGGACGGUAUGGACGGCAAUGGGAACCAUAGUAUGGGCGGUGCGGACGAGGAGGAGGAGGAGGACGACGACCCGAACGGCGCCGGCGAAGGCUAUCUCGAUAUGACGGACAUGGAGUUCAUACCGAAGCGAACGCUACCGAAAGGCGCCCGCAAGUCGUUCCCCAACGGCGGCGGACCCAGACUUAUGAUGAGUCCCCCGAAGCGCCGGAAGACCGAUAAGACGAGAGGUUUCAAGACAUCGCAAAAGUUUGGCGAUAAGUUCCGCUGCAAUUGGCCGGACUGUAUGUUUAUCUCGAGUUAUAAGCAAAACGUGGAAAGACAUUAUAGAGUACAUACGGGUGAGCGGCCGUUCAAAUGCCAAUUCAAGGACUGCUCGUUCUCGGCCUCCCAGGCCGGCAACCUGAAGGUCCACCAGACCAGACACGGCCACCAGACGCCCAAUGCACACAAGAUUAGAGUGAAGUCGACCCACAACGCGGUCCGAGCCAUGUCCGAGUCGCCCAACUCUAAGAGCAAAUAGGAUUUAUUAUAACUAAUUGAAUAGGAGUUCCCGCAAAACACACAGCGACUGAUCCGCAGUACAAAUGGAAAACUGAUUUUAUAUUAACUAUUGAAUGAAAUGAACCGAU